AUGCUAAUUUUUGUAGGCACUGUUCCGACGAUCGCCAAUCAGACGGUUGCCAACAGCACGCUCGGCAAUCAGACGUCCGGAAACCAUACGCCCCGGACCCAGAACGCGGACCAGCAACAGCCGCCCACGACGCCCAUGGGAUACUACGACCAGGCUACCCACCCGGACAAUCGCUUCACCGUCCUGAUGAGCGCCGCCGCGCUCCUCGUCGGCCUCAUCGCGCUCGGCAUCGGCUGCGCGCUGGUGUGCCGCGCGGGAGCGGUGAAGGAAGUUGGUGCCCCGGUCAGGAAGCUGAAGAGCAAGAAGAAGCGCAAGAGGAGCAAGAGCGACAAGAGCAGCAAGAAGAGCAGCAAAAAGAGCAGCAAGAAAAGUAGUAAGAGAAGCAGCAAGAAGGGCAGCGAUAAGCCGGGGAAGAAGAGCAGCAAGAGGAAGGGGAAGGAUAAGCCAAGGGCCAAGACAGACGAGCAGGAGAUGACCGAGGGCGAAGAGUCGAACGCCCCC